AUGCCGCCUCCUAACCAUAGCACGCCACUCUCUCCGACGGCACCUGACCCUCCGCGCCGAUCGAUUCCCACUGCCCCUGUGGAGACCGAUAACGCCCACGAUGACAACGUGAAUUUCCUACGAUCGCGACCAGCUCUUUUCAAUCCGUUACUACCCUCCUUGAGCCGACAGCGUCGCCGUCGUUAUCCGAUUAACCCGCCACCGCAAAACGAGGAUCGCAUGGAGGUGGAUGAUCCCACCAACCCGCGCACGUCCGUUGAACUCAACCGUCGCAUCCCGAUUGUCCGCCGCCAGGAGAGAUCAACCGAUAUGCCGAAUUACGAAGGACGAAUGCCCAACUCACGGUCGUUGUAUGGAUGGGCGCCCGGAUCUGAUGAUGAGGAUGGUGUUGCGCGCGAAGAGUCAGAAGAUGAUCAGAUGCAGCCCUUCCUCCAUUCCACUUCGAAUCGCAGCAACCGGGCUCGAACAUCGGUCUCUGCAGUCGCGGCGUUGUUACAAUCCGCAAGACGACAGCCUCGGCUUGCUCGAAGUCGCACAUUAGAGAAUUACAUCAUCGAUCGCUAUUCAGAAACCACUCCCGAGGAGGACGCCGAAAAUACAGUAGCGGUCGCAACUCGUGGAUACCGAUAUCGUCCUUCGUCGCGCGGGGACUCACAUCAUACCAACCUUACCCACAAUGACCUACGCGCUCGUGCUACCGCUCAUCGCCAACUUCACUCAGAUACCUACCUGAGCAAUAUACUGGGCGAAACGAUACACUAUCUUGAGCGCAUUAGGUAUUCAGACUCCCUUGAAGAGAGUAUGCUUGCCGUGGCAGACAGUCGCCUACCCAUCUCGAUGGACAACAAGGCUUGGAGAGAUACAGAUUUCAUUUUAUACACCCCCAACAUUGCACCACCUGCGGCGUGCUCAUGGCUUCAAUCUGGAAUGGCUUUUUCAGGCUGCCAACGAGCUGCCAGCGCCGGAUGUUCAGUGUUGUCGCAACGCGUCACCAGUCCACAUGCCCCUAGUGAGCCCGUCAUUGUAAAUGGAAGUGAUACCACCCGAGUCAGCGUUUCCACUACAAGUGGUCGUCGAUACUUAGCUAAUAACCGCGAUGAAAAUUGGCCUGUCAAAGUCACGAUACACCAAAUCAACCACGACGACAUGACUCUAUCCGGCACCAUGGAGGCCUACAAUAUCCCCGAUAAGACCUCGCCCACCCACGAUGCACAUAUUGUGACUUUCUUGGAGGGUGAGAUCAUCGAUUUCAACAAUCACACACUUGAGACCAAGAACUUCAAAGCAGAUGCAGAUAUCGAUAGCACAUAUUGGCGUGAACUACAACCGUUCAAGGAUCUGACAGAUGCUGAGAUGGCACGGAACCUUGUGAGUCGCAAGUGGAUUACUGAGGAAUUGUCCAAGGGAUGGAUCUUGAUGAGAUGGAAGGAACGAUGCUUCAUAACCCCAACCGAUGCUCGUCAAGGUCUUACAAUUUCUGGAUUUUACUACAUCUCUCUUCGCCGCGAGGACGGACACAUCGAAGGUCUAUACUAUGACCCAGGAAGCUCGCCUUACCAGCAACUCUCUCUAAAUCCAGAAGUAUCGAAAAUGGUCCGCCCUUCUUAUGCUUUCCGCUGA